UCCUUCCCGUCACGGUUCCCGGUCCCCCCCCCUGCCCCCGUCACGGUCCCGUCACGGUCCCCCUCCCCCGAACCCCCCCACCCCUCAACCCCCCACAACCCCCCUCAACCCCCCCCCCCCUCUCCUCCCACGCGUCUCCUCGAGCUGCCGCUGCGGCUGCGGCGUCUCGCGUGGACGCUGCUGGUGCUCCGGCCGCGGACAUGUCGGCCCCGCAGGACCAGGACCGGGACCACCAGGACCAGGACCGGGACCAGGACCAGGUCCUGAUCCAGGAUCAGGACCAGCCGGACCGGGACCAGCACCGGGACCCGGACCGGAAUCAGGACCGCAGGCCGAUCCGGAGGGUCCGGUCCAAGAGCGACACGCCCUACGUGACGGAGGCGCGCAUCUCCCUGCACCUGGAGACAGCGGAGGAGGUGGAGCGGCUAACGGGCCUGCGGUCCGACUCUCUGGUUCCGGGGACCCUCACCCCGCCCAUCCGGCGCCGGAGCCGGUUCUCCACCCUGGGCCGUCUGUUCCGGCCCUGGAAGUGGAGGAAGAAGAAGAGUGACAAGUUCCAGCAGACGUCGGCCGUUCUGGAGAGGAAGAUGUCGACCCGCCAGAGCAGAGAAGAGCUGAUCAAGAAGGGAGUCCUGAAGGAGGUCUACGAGAGAGACGGCCCCCCCGGCCCCCCCGGGCCCCCCCUGCAGGAGGAGGUGGACAUGGAGGACAGUCCUGAGAGGACGGACGGAGGGUUCCUUCCUCUCCCAGGUGACGACGGCUGCCACCGAGACCCCGCCCACAGGUCCAGCCAGGCUCCGCCCACAAAGAUGGCGGCCGACGGUGCCGAGCCCUUCCCCCCCUCCAGACCCACGCUACACAAGCAGCCUCCCGCCCCCCCGCCGAAACCCUCGGGCCGGCUGCCCCCCCACCUCACAGAGGGCGCCACCGCGGUGAAGCUGCCCUGCAUGUCCCGGUUGUCUCCUCCUCUUCCUCCCAAGAAGAUCCUGAUCUCAGAGCCGGCCGGAAACCUGGAGCCGUCGCUCGUCUUCCAGAAGUGCCCGGCGGCCGCUGGCCACGCCCCCUCGGGAGGCCACGCCCCCGUGAGAGGCCCCGCCCCCCAGUACGGGACCCUGCACCCCCCCAGCAGGAUCAUAGAGGAGCUCAACAAGACGCUGGCCCUCACCAUGCAGAGGUUCGAGAGCUCCAUGAUGCCCCCUGGUCCCCCGGUGACGCUGGACGGAGACGACGACAAGGAAAACUUGCCCGGCGAGGACGACUACGAGGAGCUGGGAGAGGAGGAGGAAGAGGAGGAAGAGGAGGAGGAAGAGGAGGAGGAGGAGGAGGAGGAAGAUGAAGAGGAGGAAGAAGAUGAAGAAGAGGAAGACGAAACUCUGUUCACAAGCUCCCUGGCCCUGAAGAUUCUCCGUAAAGACUCUCUGGCCAUCAAGCUGAGCAACCGUCCGUCCCAGAGAGACCUGGAGGACAAAAACAUCCUGGUGCUGCAGUCGGACCAGGAACGCUCCAGAACCCGCCAGCAGACGGCCAGCAAGCUCACCAGGCGUUUGAGUCAGAGACCGACGGUAGAGGAGCUGGAGCAGAGGAACAUUUUAAAACCUCGUAACGAUGUGGAGGAGCAGGAGGAGAAGAGAGAGAUCAAGAUACAUUUAUCCCAAAAGCUGAGCCAGCGUCCCACCGUGCAGCAGCUCCGUCAGGCCAAGAUCCUGAUCCGGUUCAGCGACUACGUGGAAGUGGCCGAGGCUCAGAACUACGACCGGCGGGCCGACAAGCCCUGGACCCGGCUGACCGCUACGGACAAGGCUGCCAUCAGGAAGGAGCUGAACGAGUUCAAAAGUUCAGAGAUGGAAGUUCAUGAGUCCAGCAGACACUUUACCAGGUUCCACCGGCCGUAACAACCAGAACUACCGUCCAACAGGAGACCCGGCUGUUUGAGGUCCCAGGACCAGAACCAGGACCUGGACCAGGACCUGGACCUGGACCAGAACCAGGACCAGGACCAGGACCUGGACCUGGACCAGGACCAGGACCUGGACCUGGACCAGGACCUGGACCAGGACUCGGGUUCCAGCCUGGAACCUUCAGGUGGACUGAACUCUCCAGAACUGUCCAGAAUCUUCUCCUCCAGGGGAUUUACAGACUUCUUGAUAUUCAAAAGCUUUUAAUUGUCAUGUUUUUAUGAUGCAGAGUUGAAGCUGCUGGAACUGAAACUUUAUUUUAUUAUUUAUCUCCAUGUUUGUGUCUCAUUCCAACCACGGGAGGGAAUUCAGGAAAAUCCUGCACUUGGUGACCAGUGUUUGAUAUUUGGUGUUAGUUCUGGACAUAAGGUUAAAAAACCACCGCAACAAACGGUGACGCCCCCUAGUGGCCGGUUUGGUGACGCCCCCUAGUGGCCGGUUUGGUGACGCCCCCUAGUGGCCGGUUUGGUGACGCCCCCUAGUGGCCGGUUUGGUGACGCCCCCUAGUGGCCGGUUUGGUGACGCCCCCUAUUGGCCGGUUUGCAGAACAAUCUAAAUGAAUCAAUAAGCGAUAGAGACAUUGUAGGUGUUAAAAAUUAAACUUUUGCUCAAAUAAGGCCUUUAAAUGUCUUCAUUUGUCUUAAAUCUCAAUACAAGGGUCUUAAUUUUUACAAGGAAUGUAUCAAAAAGUUUAUUUCAUCGUUUUGAGGAGAAUCUGGUUAAUCAGUGUUGCCAGGUUGGGGAAGUUUCAGCCCGAUUGGGCUCAAAAAUAGAUAUUUGGGCUGCUUUUCCUGGUUUUUACUAAAUAUUUAGGAGAAAUGUAUUAAAAUAAUGUAAUAAUUUACAGUCUGAAUAUAGAGAAUGUUUGAUUCAAUCUGGUUUUUCAGUAUUUCAGAUGGUUUUACGUCACGUUUGGGCUGGAAAUUGUCAGAUCUGGCAACCUUGACCUAAAUUUAGUUUGAAAACGGUUUUAAAAAGUCUCAAUCUCAAUCCAGGGGUCUUAAUUUUAGAAUCUUAAUCAUUAAAAACUUUUAUUUCGUCUUUUUGAGGUGAAAUUCCCGAAUCUGUGUUGCCAGGUUGGGCAUUUUUCAGCCCAAUUGGACUUAAAAAUACAGAUUUUUCUGGUUUUUACUAAAUAUUUAGGAGAAAUCUAUUAAAAUAAUUAAAUAAUUUACAGUUUGAAUAAAGAGAAAGUUUGAUUCAAUCUGGUUUUUCAGUAUCUCGGAUGGUUUUACGUCACGUUUGGGCUGGAAAUUGUCAGAUCUGGCAACCUCGACCUAAAUUUAGUUUGAAAACGGUUUUAAAAAGUCUUAAAUCUCGAUCCAGGGGUCUUAAUUUUAGAAUCUUAAUCAUUAAAAAGGUUUAUUUCGUGAGUUUAAAUAUGCACAGCUGAUGUUUUUUGUGUGUUAUUUUAAUAAAAUCGUAUUGUUUCACUUUGACUGAGGUUAGUUCUGAGGUUCAUCUUCAGCCUGGACGGACGGACGAACGAACGAACGAACGAACGAACGAACGAACGAACGAACGAACGAACGAACGAACGAACGAACGAACGAACGAACGAACGAACGAACGAACGAACGAACGAACGAAUCAGAUUAUUGACACUACAGUGAUAGUGACCUGUCCAAUAAACAGAAAACUGCAUUUCUUGGGGGUGAAAAUAUGGGUCUAGAGCCCUAUAUAAUCUUUCUAUGUGACUUAAUUCUAGAGAUAUGGAGUUUUUUGGGCAAAAAAAAAUACCUUGAACAUGACAUUUGACCUUCAACAUGACCUUGAAAUAGGAUAUUUAUCUCAGAAUUGAAUUCCUAGCACCAAAAAAGUAGAGAAAGUGACAAAAUACAACAAACUAGGACUGAGAGAAGCUGAGAUAUGAAUGUUCUGCAAACCGGCCACUAGGGGGCGUCACCAUUUGUUUGCGGUGGUUUUUUAAAACCUUAUGUCCAUAACUAACAUGCCAAAUAUCAAAAACUUGUCACCAAGUGCACAAUCUUGAUGAUUUUUGACAGAUUCCCCCCGAGCUACAUGAUGUUUUUAAAGAUUAAUUACAAAAGCUGAAAUUUGAUGAUUAAAAAAGUGUUUAAAAAUCCCUAGUUCCCUGAAUGCAUCCCAGAGCGGUCCGGAUUCCCGAGGACCCUGAAUGCCUCCCAGAGCGGUCCAGAUUCCCGAGGACCCUGAAUGCAUCCCAGAGCGGUCCAGAUUCCAGAGGGCCCUGAAUGCAUCCCAGAGCGGUCCAGAUUCCCGAGGACCCUGAAUGCAUCCCAGAGCGGUCCAGAUUCCUGAGUGCCCUGAAUGCAUCCCAGAGCGGUCCAGAUUCCCGAGGACCCUGAAUGCCUCCCAGAGCGGUCCAGAUUCCCGAGGACCCUGAAUGCAUCCCAGAGAGGUCCAGAUUCCUGAGGACCCUGAAUGCAUCCCAGAGCGGUCCAGAUUCCCCAGGACCCUGAAUGCAUCCCAGAGCGGUCAGGAUUCCCGAGGACCCUGAAUGCAUCCCAGAGCGACGGCUCAAAGUUGCCAGAUCUUUAAAUAAUGACGUUUGGACAGAAAAACAGAAAAAUCCCUGAACUGCCAGUUUAACCAGUUUAAGUUUGAAACUGGUUGUUUUUAAUGGUUUACUGUAGAAGCAUAAGGGCCUUUAUUCAAAUUAAAAUGCAUUUGUGGAAUUUUUAUUUGAAGAAUGUGGCUGCAUUAUUUGAGUCAAAAAUCAAAUUAAUAAUAUAUA